GCGAUGGCAGACCGUGAAGCCAAAGGACAAGCUAUGGGCUACGCGCUUUCAGAGUAUGCAAGUGAAACACUUUGCUAUAGGGGCAAAGGAAGGGAAACCCCCAACGUCUAUACUAUUCUUCCAGGAUUCAUUUUGGCGAAUUAUGGAGAAAUCCUUCCUGGUGACUUUUUCUGGAUUUGUUUUAACAUGUUUACGAAUGAAUAA